AUGUUUAGUGAAGUUGCAAAAAGAAUGAAGUUGCAAUUAAAGUUUGAUUUAGAUAGAGAAUUUACAAUUAUAGAUAAAGUGAUGGACAAACAAAGCAGUGAGAGUAGUGGAGAUACCACUACCAACAACAACAACAACAACGUUGUUACAUUGGAAUCAUUGCAAGCUCUUAUGCGAGAGAGAACUGCAUUGGAAGAAGAGCUUCAAGUCCACAUGGACUAUCUUACAAAGGGUGGUGGUAGUUUAUUUGGUCUGCAUGGAAGUUAUCUGGAUUCUGAAGGUUAUCCUUCGCCACAUUUAGACAUUAUCAUUGAGGUAAAGAAAGCAAGAAGUAGAAUAGCAUGCAUACAAAAUGAUUAUAAAUCACUGAUGAAGAAGAUUGAAAAUGAUAUGGCAUCAUUUCAUUCUUCAAAUAAAAAUAAUAAAUCAACAACAACAACAAGUACAACUUCGUCAUCAACUUCAAAUUCAUCGUCAACUUCAAAACCAACAACACCGACACCGACUACAAAUAUAGCUUCUACAACAACUUUGCCAUCAUCCGAUGCUAGUAAUAGCACUGACAAUGUGAAUAGUGCAUCGAAUGUUGUAGAUAAUAGAGUAGUUGCACCAUUUGUAUAUAUUGACUUGGUAUCACCAGGUUCACCGGCAGAGAGAAGUGGAUUGCUCAAGAAUGAUCAGAUCUAUCAGUUUGGUUCAAUCGGACCUUUCUUGAUUGAGUUGCCUUCAGCUUCGACACAGUAUCUUCAAUCUAUGGCAACCAUAGUAAGAAGCAGUGAGAAUACUGCAAUUCCACUUUCCUACAUCAGAGACGGCAAGAAGUUUACGACAACUCUUACACCAAGAAAAUGGACUGGUCAAGGUUUAAUUGGAUUACUUCUCUCACUUGUGAAUCUAACAAGAAAGAAUAAUACAAUAACAAUAACAGAGCUGAUAGGUGUUUCUAAUGUAAACAUAAAGGUAGACGCUUUUCGACCUUGGGGUCGUUAUUCUACAAGUAUUUAUGUUGGAAUUCAAGCUGUCAUCAUCAUGUUUGAUUUGUGCAAUGAGACUUCAUUUAAUAAUGUAAAGAGAUGGUCUAAAGAGGUUGAGAUAUUGCACAGUGGUCGUAUAGCCGAGAAGCAAAUCAAUGAACUCAUGGUUACAAAAAGUCAAUACAUUCAUUUAAAUAUAAAAAUCAUUGGUGAUAGAGGUGUUGGUAAAUUGAAUUACCUUCAAACAUGUUUGGGUUGUCCUGAUUUCAAACCGUCGAGCAGUGAUCGUGUAUAUCAAACUGAUCUACCACAUAUUGCAGAACUUGUGGGUGUAUCCAAUCUCAACAUAAAGGUAGAUGUUUAUCAACCCGGUCGUUACUCAAGACAGAGCUACAGAGGAUUCCACGCUAUCGUUAUCAUUUUCGAUUUGUGCGAUAGAAUUUCAUUUGAUAAUGUAAAGAGAUGGUAUAAUGAAGUGGAGCGCUAUUGUGCGGAAGAUAUCAAGGUGAUUCUGGUAGGAAACAAACUCGAUUUGGCAGCAGAACAUGUUGCUCGAAGUGUGACGGAGCAGGAAAUCAAUGAACUCAUGUAUUUGGUACCAUUUAUGUAUUAUUAUGAAACCCAUCGAUCGAAUCCAGAGCAACGUGAACUCUUUGACAUGCUGGCCACAGAGAUCAUGUAUCAUCGAAUUCAAGAGAGUAUUGAAACACAAUCAGAGUGGAUUGAAACACUAUUAAAUAGAAAGCAAAGAGCAUUAUCAAAAUAUGAAGCUAUUCAACGAAAAUCAAAUAAUCAAACUGAAAUAUCAACAAACAAUACAACAACGAAUACAUCUGUCAAUACAAAUAUGGAUACAAAUCUAUUUAGAAUGGUUUUCAGAGCUCAGUUGUUAAGGAAACAAAUUUGGAAUGAUGUUAGAUCUAUUCAUCGAUAUCUUGGUCUGAGAUGUGCAAGUUAUUUUAAUGUUGGAUUCAUGUGUUUGUUUGGAUAUUUCAAUGUAUUGAGUGAUCGAUAUCAUACACUUGGUGGUGAUGGAAUGUCAAUGGCAAUGAAACUUCCAGGUUUUGUGAAUCUCAUUCGAUUCUGUCCAUAUGAAGAUGUCAUUAAACACUUCAUAUCGAGUAUACCACAAUCAAAAAUGGCAAGAGAGACAAUGACAUUGAUAGCAGAUCAGUGCUACAUCAAUGGCAAUAUCAAUGUAAUCAAAUGGUUAUUGAAGAAUUACAAUGCUUUUUGUUCAACUUUUGGAAUGACUGUUGCAAUCAUUACAGGAAACCUUCAACUUUUAUCUUUCAUUCUUGAACAUACAGUGAGAACAACUAAACAAUGUAAGAAAAAGAAUAAAGAAAACGAAAAGAAAAUGGAAAAGAACAAGAAAAAGAACAAGAUCGAUGACAAUAAUAAUAAUAAGACUGACUGUAAUGGGAGCAGUAGCAAUAGUAAUAAUAAUAAUCAAUCUACAGGAUCAGAUAGUUUUGUUUAA